UUUGUACGGAUAACUUGAGAAUCAUUCUCCACAUCCUCCCGUAUUAUUUUUGUUACCUUGUGAAAUAUGGUGCUUGGUCUUCCUCACGUGCUCUUCUUUUUGUUAAACAAAUUUAUCGUCGUUAAAUUAGAAGUCUUUCUUACUGGUUGUUGAGUUCUUGAAUGAAUGUCCAUAGGAUAAAUGUAAGGAAAAUGAGGAUGCUAAGAUGGAUGUGUCAUUUUACUCAAAUGGUAAAGAUAAGAAAUCAAAAUAUAUGCCAACACAUGGGUGUGUGACUGAGGAUAGUAGAACGACAAUUUAGUUUGUUGUGACCUGUUUUGCAUAGGGAUUCAUACGAGUGACGUGAUUUAGGUAGAGUAUGUCAGGAGGAGGGAGAGAACAAAAUAACAUGGUCUAUGGUAGUUGCCAAGGAUUAGAUGCUUUGAAUCUUUUGCAAGAUCUAUCAAUGAAUCGAAUGGAAUGGCAGAAAAGGAUUAUUUAGCGGGCCUGGUGACCUUAAAUUUAUUGUUAAAAAAUACUUAGUUUGUUGUAACUAAGAAUGGAUUUUGGAGAGGAAAGAUAUACUAAAUCAGUAUAUGAUGCAGGAAAUGGGUUUGUGGACGCUGCUGGAGGGCUGCCUGCUUCUUGCAAAUGCACUGGCUAUAUUAAAUGAAGACCGUCUUCUUGCCCCUAGGGGAUGGAGCUUCCAGGAAUAUUCUGGUGUUAGGAGAAAAUCGUUAAAGGGGCAAAUUAUUGGUCUUAUAUAUGCAACCCAGUAUUUAAGAGUUCCUCUUAUACUUCUCAAUUUGCUCUGCAUUGUUGUGAAGCUGUUUUCUGGCUGAUGUACCCCGGUAUGAUUAGUUGUCAGAGGAUUUGUUUUGCUUAUCAGGUCAGUUGAAAAGAUAGCGGAUUUAGAAGAUUCAGUUAAUGAAAGUGUGGAAAAAGGUGUUUGUCUGGAGAAGUGGAACCUUUUUUUCCUUUGAAAAUAACAUGUUUUAUCACUAAUAUAUCCUUUGUUCAUUUUAGUAUUUAUACACCAAGUGGUAGUAGUAUCCAUAUGGUUGUAUACCAUGUUGAUUAUCUUAUGGCAGAUUUUAUUCCCUCGAUCA